AUGAAAAAGUAAAUGGCUAAUGGAGCAUAAACUACUAAAAGAGGGAUUAUUCUUAAUAAAUGUGAAUAAACAGGAAAUUAUAUAACUAAAGAAGAAUUAUAAUACAUAGCAUCAACAAGUUUCUUAAUUAAUAAAUGUUUAGAUAAAGACUUUAUCUAAAGAGCAAUCAAUUCUUUAUAAACUAAAGUAUAUUAUUUAAAUAUAUUAAAUAGAUUAAAUCUCAAAUUGAAUUAAAUAUUUCAGAGUAAAUUUUAGAAGAUUUUUAUACUUUAAAAGAGAAUUAAAUGAGAAAACGAUAAUAAUAUUUUGAAGAAUAAAAUACUAUUAAACGAAAAUAAAUUGGUAUAAGAUAUAUUGAUCGUUAGCUGAAAAGACCAUUAGUCAAAAAAGAAAGCAAUAUUUUUCUAAAGAUUCUCGAUAGAUGAAAGUUGUGAAAUCAAAAUUUGUUUAAUAUUUGAUAUAGGCUUAAAAAAAGAAAUUUCUUAAAGAAGCAAUAGAAUUUAAGAAAUAAAGUCUGUUGAAAAAAUUAUAAAGAUAAGGAAAUCCUUUAGCAAACAUAUAUGUUUAAAAAUUUAAAGAAAUAAUGCAAAAUAUUGUUAAGAAAUAUAGAUAAGUAAUUAUAUUAUAAUAAAAUAAGAAAAAAGGUAAUCAAAUNGUACCAAAAUAUUUGUUUAGAUUUUGGAAUUGA